GGUUUGAGGAGAUGAAAACAUUUGACCUCGAGGAGGAGAUUUUCAAAAAUGUGGACGCGGACCCAAAAGACAUCGUCCCUCGGUUGCUGGCGACUAUCAAGGAAAAAGUGAGUUCCUCAGACGAAGAGGCUAGAAAUAUGUUGAUAUUUUCCCAACAGGCUGUAAUUAGAAGUUUGCAUGGGAAAAUUGGAGCGUUAAUAGAACUGAAGCACGAAGAGAAGGAAGCUUUUAUAGAUGUCGACCAAAUGCAACAGAAAAUUGAAAUUCCGGUCAAAAGCCUGGUUGAGUUGGAAACUACACUUCAAGAUGUGGCAGAGAAUACUCAGCAGCCCUUAAAUGUGAACCCUAUAGUGGUGCUACAAUCUGGCGACUUCGACCCUUCGAUGGGGUAUCCGGCAAUUGAACCCUCAACUAUGCAACAGCUGCUCAUACUAGCGCCUACAAGAGUCACACCUGUUUGCAAGGGUCCGUUGAAACUAAAGAAUCCGCAAAUUAGUGUUGCUUGUCCAGUUAAUUCAGAUAUUGAUACCCAGAACCCGAAUGCGGAAACGCGCAGUGCCGGUUUGAAUGAAAAAGACAUCGAUAUGAUAGCGAGAAAGUAUAUGAUCCCGAUUCCAGCCAGCGACGAAUCAAGUAAACUAGAAGAGUUAGAGUCGUUUGCGAAAGAUUUCAGGACGAGAAGGAUUAGACUGGGAUACACGCAGAAUGACGUCGGACUCUCCUUAGGCAAGAUAUACUCGAGCGACUUCAGCCAAACAACAGUCUCGAGAUUUGAGGCCCUGAAUCUAAGUUUCAAGAAUAUGGUCAAUCUUAAACCAUUCAUGGAGAAGUGGAUCAACGAUGCAGAACGACACAAGACCUUAGUGGAACAAGACACAGAUGGAUUGAGCCUUGAAGACCAGAAGACGCUGGAAAUAUUCCAGAGUUCGAAGGACAAUCUGGGACACCGACGAAGGAAACGACGUACUUGCAUUGAUGUGAAGACGAAAAAGGCGUUGGAGCAGUUCUAUAAUGAUAAACCUCAUCCCACCCACGAAGAAUGCUGUGCAAUAGCGGAAGCCUUAAACCAGGACCGCAACACAAUCCGAAUCUGGUUUGGCAACAGGCGCCAGCGAGACAAGCGACUGAUGCAGUUGCAGAACUCAGUGUUCGCCCCAAGGGCUUCCUUCGCUUCAAGGCCAUCCAUGGAUGUUUUCGACAACCGUGAAGUAGUUUCGUUGGACGAUUCAAUGAUGCCAACAUCUUUUGAUUCGUCGGAACUUCAAACGAUGCCAAAUUUCAGCCAAUCCGAAGCUCCUAUUAUGCCACAAAUAAACAACUCGGAAGUCUCAACUGUAGGCUCACAUAAUAACGUGCUACAACCUUCCGAGUCGUCGGCAUUCUCGACGCCGCAGCAAAACAACUCUGCGUUCAGACCAGUUUCGCAAUCUACCCAAAACUGAAUUUUUGUUUUAACUAGUUUAUUCGAAUAAUUUAUACAUCGGCAAUCUAGAUUCGA